AUGGCAGAAGUUCCUGUGAUUCAGAUCCUGGAGAAGGAGAAGUUUUUCACACAGCAUAUCGUCCCUCUUCCUCAUGCCGUGCCCUAUCCUCCUCUUACAGCGCCUUCGUCUCUUCGUCUCCGUACGAAGGUGAUGUGCCUUACAACCAACAAUGUGUCGUACGCCAGGCUCGGUUUCCUAUUCGGCUGGUGGGAUGUCCACCCCCUCCCGCCGAGUACGCCGGCUCAAUACAAUGACCCGGCCAAGUACGGCCGCACGAAUUGCUGGGGUUUCGCCGAGGUCCUUGAAUCUACCGUUGCCAGCGUGCCAAAGGGCACAUAUCUAUGGGGCUACCUCCCGCUGGGAACUCUAGCACAAGAUGUUACCGUCGAGGAAGGUGCUAUACCGGGCCAGGUUUUCGUCACGAACGAUUACAGGAAGGGCGUUAUGGCCAUCUACAACCGCUAUUUUGUUCAUCCGGCUUCUCUCAAAGACGAGAUCGAGAAGAAAGCAGACAGCCUCGCCUACGACGCAAUCGUCAGGGUCAUGUUUGAGACGUCGUAUCUGCUCAAUCGAUACGUCUUUGCCAGCGACCCCAAGGAAACCGUAUACCCCGGCAUGGACCCAAAAGCUCAAUGGAGUCCUGCUCAAGCGGACAUAGCGGGGGCGACAGUGAUAUUUCUCGCUCCGGGGUCCAAGGCCGCUCUAGCUUUCGCCUACGAACUCAGGAACGCACGUGGCGGUGCUCAGGUCAAGAAGAUCGUGGGAGCAACAAGUGAGUCCUCGAGGAAUUUUGUGGAAGGUACCGAGGCGUACGACGACGUUAUCCUGACAAGCGAGUCUUCCGCUUCCGUCCUAUCCAAGCUUCAAGUAGGCGCUAAAGACAAGGUCGUUCUGGUUGACUUUGGUGGACGUGCGGGCGUGGGUGCAAAGUGGGCGGCUGAGUUCAAGCGUACCCAUAAUAACUUUCUUAUGCUUGGUGUCGGAUCAGAGAUCAGUGAAUCCUCACAGGAGGAUGCAUUGAAAGCCCUUACGGCCAAAGGUUCGUCCGCGAUUGGGAUAAACGCGAAUGACAUGCGAAUCAGGGCUAUGGAGAAAGUUGGCGAGAAGAAAUACUUUGAUGAUUUGGCGGCUGCGUGGGAUUCAUUCAAGAAAGUUGGUAUCAAGGGUUUGAAAAUCACCUGGGGCGAUAAUAUGGAAGAUGUGAAAAAGGGAUGGGACAAGCUCUGCAGGGGCGAAGCUACGCCGGAAGAAGGUCUGGUUUAUCGAUUGUGA